GGCGGAGCAGUAGCAGUAGCCACGCCCCCACGCUGCUGAAUGCGGAAGUGUUGUGCUCGCCUCUGCGUUUUAUCUGUUUAUACAAGGGGGCUGAAGACAUUUAGUAAAGCCAAAACGUUGUCUUUCUGGACUGACUGGCGAUUCCUUGUCAACAAAUUGCAGGAUGUUCCGCUUGCGGGCGUUGUCUGCUGUUUCACUGGGCCUAGCUCAGCUGUCCCGUCGGUACCACAGUGGUACAUCAAGAGGGUCUGGUCAGAGAAGGUUGAUGCUUGCAGCUUUGGCAGGAGUGACUGGAGUGUCAGCUUCUACUGGACUCCUCUGGAAGAGAGCAUAUGCUGAUGCUGGAUCCUCUGUUCGACACUCUGAGCAACUGAAGGAAGAGGAAAAGGAUUUUUUAACGUCCGAGAGUGACUCCGAGAAAUCAGUGGAGACCAGUGGUGGAGACGCAGAAGGGAAGGAUGAAGCAGGAGAAGGGAAGAAAAAGAAGCCACGUUCUGGAUUCCGUGACCGCAAGGUGAUGGAGUACGAGAACAGAAUAAGAGCCUACUCCACACCAGACAAGAUUUUCCGCUACUUUGCCACACUGAAGGUCAUCGGUGAGCACGGAGAUACCGAGGUUUACAUGACGCCUCAGGACUUCAUCCGCUCCAUCACACCUAAUGAAAAGCAGCCUGAGAACCUGGGACUAGAUCAGUUCAUGGUGAAGCGCUAUGAUGGAAAGGACUUCUGGCAGACGGAGAAAAUCGCCCAGGAGAGAGAGAAGUUUGCCGAUGAGGACAGCAUAUUUUUCUCGCUCGGAGAAUGUGGCCUAAUCUCCUUCUCUGACUAUAUCUUUCUGACCACUGUGCUGUCCACUCCCCAGAGAAACUUUGAAAUUGCUUUCAAGAUGUUUGAUCUGAACGGUGAUGGAGAGGUGGACCUGGAGGAGUUUGAACAGGUCCAGAGUAUUAUUCGUUCUCAAACCAGCAUGGGCAUGCGGCAUCGUGAUCGCUCCACCACAGGUAACACCUUGAAGACAGCUGGCUGCAGCUCUGCUCUCACCACCUACUUCUUUGGAGAAGACUUGAAGGGAAAACUCACCAUCAGCAGCUUUCUGGAAUUUCAGAGGAAAUUGCAGCACGAUGUGCUCAAACUAGAGUUUGAUAGGAAUGAUCCAGUGGACGGCAGAAUCUCUGAGAGACAGUUUGGUGGAAUGUUGCUGGCCUACAGUGGCGUCCAGUCUCGUAAACUGAAGCAGAUGCAGAAAGGCCUGAAGAAAAUGUUCAAGGAUGCACAGGGAAUCACAUUUGAGGAAGUGGAAAACUUCUUUACUUUCCUUAAGAACGUGAAUGAUGUGGACACAGCACUGAGUUUCUACCACAUGGCUGGAGCCUCCAUAGAUAAAGUUACCAUGAAGCAGGUGGCCCGCACUGUUGCCAAGGUAGAGCUGUCAGAUCAUGUGUGUGAUGUGGUGUUCGCUCUGUUUGACUGCGAUGGGAACGGAGAGCUGAGUAAUAAGGAGUUCAUAGCCAUCAUGAAGCAGCGGCUGAUGCGUGGACUAGAAAAACCAAAGGACAUGGGCUUCACCCGACUGGUGCGGGCCAUGUGGAAGUGCGCCCAGGACACUGCCUGGGAUUUCGCCUCACCCAAGACAUAGAGUGUGAGUGAGAAAGAGAGACGGACACUGUGUGACAAGAAAAAAAAAACAACACUCCAAACAUCAAAACAGAAUCUUUUUUCCACAGGUCCAUAGAAUUUAAAUAGACCAUUUAUGCAAUGAACUCAUUAGGGCGACAGCUGUCGGAGGCUCAAUCAAUCAUUAAUGCAUGUCGAUGUAGUUCAAGAUGUCAAUACAGUGACUGAAGCAUGCGGACGCAGCAUUCUGUGUCCUGGAAGGGCUCUCUGCUGCACCUGCCCAAAGCAUUGUCUGUAUUUGUGUAUUUACAACUAUACAUUUAAAACACUGUACAUAUAUUUGUUUGCCAUUAACCAUAGCACCACCUGCAGCACAUUAACUGACACUAAAAUCAGCCCACUGGUGUACACUUUGUUUUAAAGGAAGCGAGAAGAGAAAUCAGUCAAACUAGAUUUGUGCUCCAUAAAAAACAGAGAACAUUUUGUAGAAAGGACUUUUAUUGAGCACCUCACAUUGACACAUACAUAGGUAUUGCUUCAAAACAUUAUUAAAAGGCUGUAAUUCUUUAAAAACAAAACUGCUGUUUUGGCUGAAAAAAGAAAUUAAAUUACAAACCAGUGCAAUCUUUCCACUGUUGGACAAAAAAAUAUUAAAUUUAAUUUUAUGUUAAAAGUAAUUGCUGUGUCCCUCAGGAGGGCCUGGCCCAGACUUUGGGUGUCACUGAUCAAUUCAAUCAAAAAUACUUGUUUUGCUUUAUUGUACUGUUUAGUGUGUAACGUUCCAAUUGUUUCUUACCGAAACACUUCAUGUAAGAUGGUGUUUAUCACAGAACUGCUAUAUUAAAGAUGUUUUGAUAAUGUUGAA